UAAAAGCUUCGGAUACUGCCCCUCUCCCCGUCUCUCUCUCUCUCUUUCUGUCUCUCUUUCUCUCUUGGUGACAUCGCUUUGCUGCCACAGAGAAGAAAAAAUGACGACUUACUCGGAUAAAGGGCUGAAGCCUGAAAGAGGCCGGUUCCUUCACUUCCAUUCCUUGACGUUUUGGGUUGGUAAUGCAAAGCAGGCUGCUUCAUUUUAUUGCAACAAAAUGGGGUUUGAGGAACUGGCCUACAAAGGUCUGGAGACGGGAAGCAGAGAGGUGGUGUCCCAUGUGGUCAAACAGGACAAGAUCAUAUUUAUCUUCUCCUCGGCUCUCAACCCUGGAAAUCAAGAAAUGGGAGCACACUUAGUGACGCAUGGGGACGGAGUCAAAGAUGUUGCCUUUGAAGUGGAGGACUGUGAUUUCAUCGUGCAGAAAGCUAGAGAGCGUGGAGCUCUGAUUGUUAAAGAACCCUGGAUAGAGGAAGAUAAACACGGGAAGGUGAAAUUUGCAGUCGUUCAGACGUAUGGAGACACCACACACACCCUGAUAGAGAAGAGGGGCUACAAGGGCCUUUUCCUGCCUGGGUUUGAGCCACCCAUCUUCAGGGACCCUCUGUUGAAAAGACUGCCACCUGGGAAACUGAACUUCAUUGACCACAUAGUGGGGAACCAGCCUGACCAGGAGAUGAACUCUGUGGCAGAAUGGUACCAAAGAAACCUCCUCUUUCACCGUUUCUGGUCUGUGGACGACAAGCAGCUGCACACAGAGUACAGUGCCCUCCGGUCUAUUGUGGUGGCCAAUUAUGAAGAGACCAUUAAAAUGCCCAUCAAUGAGCCUGCAAUGGGGAAGAGGAAGUCUCAGAUCCAGGAAUACGUGGACUAUUACGGGGGCCCUGGAGUCCAACACAUCGCUCUGAAUACCUCGGAUAUUAUUGCUUCAGUCACAAACCUGAAAGAACGUGGCACGGAAUUCCUGGUGGUGCCCCCCACCUACUACCAAAAACUUAGGGAGAAAUUGAAAUCAGCCAAGAUCAAGGUGAAGGAGAACAUGGAUAAACUGGAGGAACUCAAAAUCCUAGUUGACUUUGACGAGAAGGGAUACCUGCUUCAGAUCUUCACAAAGCCUGUUCAGGACAGACCGACUGUCUUCCUCGAGGUCAUCCAGCGCCACAAUCACCAGGGAUUCGGUGCUGGAAACUUCAAAUCUUUAUUUGAAGCUAUUGAACUGGACCAAGAUGCCCGGGGAAACCUCACUGUCCUGACACCCACCGGAGAAUCAGAAUUUGUGUAAUGCUCAGGAGGAAACAGUAUGGAUAUAUACUGAAAGUGGGAUGCACUAUGCAAGAAAGGAUUGGAAUAAUUCCUCCCAGUUCAGGCUUUCCUGAAGGUGGUUCUAAAGUCUUCAUUUUCCCCUCCAUUAGCUAUUUAAAAAUAAUAAUAAUAAUACCAUGGGAGCCUUCCUCCAUGUCCACUUUGGAGAGAUCCCACAGGUUGGCUGAAAUAAACAAACGAACAUGAA